GACCUGGACGGAGCGCGGUGCUCAACCUGGCCGCCACCAACUGCCCCCCGACCCGCCCGGCCCAGAACCUGCGUGCGGUGGGGCCCCAAACCUGCACUGGGAGCGCGCGUGCGCUGGACAGAGCCUUCCUGACCUUCCGUGCCCCUAAUCAGGACAUCUGCGCCCGCUUCCCUCAGGCUGGGGAGUGCGGGAUCUGUGCAGUUUGUUCUGCCCUCGGCCCGUCCCAGCGCCCAGCAUCACUGGGAGGUACAAAGAAGGCUCCUAAUGGGUGUGCGAACCACAUGGCAGGGCAGGGCACCUCCUACAGCAGUGACAGCUCCUUUUCGUGCGCGCUGCCUCACACCUGUCCAGACCGGGCGCUUUCAAGCACUCCUGGUUCCAUCCGCGCCCGGAAAAUGCUGGGGUGCUGGUCUGCAUUUUCCAGCUGAGGCAACUAAAGCCAGAAAAAAAUAAUAUGCAAUAUAUGAAGGAGCCGAGUUCCCCCCACCUCCCCAACCACUUAACUGCUCCAUGUGCCCUUUCGUGGGAGAAGAGGGGGGCGGGGAGGCAGGAGACUGGAGACCAACAGAGACCUUAGCAACACAAGCCCUAGUGUCGCAACAGCAGGCCAGUAAACAAAGCUGCACUGGGCUUGGGGCAGCCAGAGUUCCUUUUGCCUAUGGAGCGAGCGGCAGCCUCAGGCCCCAGGCCAGGGGCCCCAUCUCAGGCCAUUAAGAAUGUUCUACCACUGACUGAGGAUUCGCUGCCAGGAGUCCCUAGGGACGCCCCAGCCUGGGUCACCAGUCUUAAGACAGAGCUUCCCUCAGAUCUAGAACUGAGUGAGGAGCAGCGGCUGCAAAUCUCCAAGGAGCUGGUCGACCUGCAGAUCACAACCCAUCGUCUGCGGGAGCAGCACGAGACUGAAAUCUUUGAGCUAAAGAGUGAGGUCCUGCGGCUGGAGAACCGGGUGCUGGAGCUGGAGCUGCAUGGAGAUCAUGCAGCCUCAGCAAAGACUGAUCCAGGGCACCUCCAGGCAUUUGCACAGGAGCUUGAGCAAAAGGCCAGGGAUCAGGAACACAGCAACCAUCGCAUUCUUCAGCUACAGGGAGAAAUGAAGUGGAUGCUGGAGCAGCACGGGGCCCGCCAGCAAGCACUGGAGAUGCGCGUGGCAGCCCUGGGCCAGCAGCUGCAGGGAGCCCAAGAGGAGGCCAGGACAGCUGGGCAGCGACUGGCUGCACAAGCUGUGGCGUUGUCCACCUGCCAGGGCCAGCUCCGCCAGGCUGAGGCUGAGAAUGCCAGGUUGCAGUUGCAACUCAAGAAGAUGAAUGAGGAGUACACCAUCCGGUUGCAGCGCUACUCCCGAGCCCUGGUGGAAUACGCAGAUGGCACAAGCCAGGCACCUACAGGUGUAGCCCUCCGGACAUUCCUGGAGACCACUCUGGAGGACAUCCGAGCAGCACACCACAGCCGUGAGCAACAGCUGGCCCGAGCUGCUCGAGUCUACCGUAAGCGCCUGGCAGACCUGAGCCAAAGACAUGAGGAACUGUUAGGUGCCCACAGUGUGCAGCAGGUGCAGGCGGACCCCAAAGGAGCACCUGGGAAACCCAAGGCCACCUCUGAUGAAGUCACCUCAAACCUGGAGCCACUGCCUCUGCGCCUGGUCACACAGCUCCAGAAGCUCCAAGUCCAGAAGAGACCUGACGAAGCCUCCCAGGGGAGCGCAUCAGAGCCACAGAGCCUGGAAGCUGAAUCCUGGCCCCAGAUCCACCAGAAACUCCGGGACUUCUAUCAUAGCACCCAGGCAAAGCUGGAACGUGAGCGGGCAGAGCUGCUAGUCAGAGCCACGAUGGCUGAGGCACAACUUUCUGAGCUUCAGGAGUAUGUGGACCAGCACUUAGGCAGGUACAAGCAGGAGAUCCUGAGGCUGAGGAAGCUGGUGGGUCCAGGAGACCCACAGAAAGUGAAGGCCGUACCUCCAACCAAGCCUCAGCGCCCAAGGACCCGCAGCCGCUAACCAGUAUCAGAUAAACUCGGAGCACACCUCUUC